AUGUACACCGAUGUGCAGAAGUUUGCGAGGGAGUGUGUGGAUUGUGCGUCAGCCAAGGGGCGACCACCGAUCCUUGGCCCGUCACCUGGCAAUAUCGAACCAAGGUAUCCGUUUGAGGUGGUCUCAAUGGAUUUCGUCACUGAGCUACCUAAGGCCGCUCGUGGAAAUACAUAUUUGUUGCUGUUCCAAGAUCAAUUCUCAGGAUAUGUCAUGUGUAAACCCAUACGGAAUAUCGAAGCCCAAGAUGUCGCUGAGGCAUGCGAAGAGUGUGUAUUCAGAAGAUUUGGGGCGAGUUCAAUGAUCAGACAUGACCAGGAUCCUCGCUUCAUGAGCAAGGUCUUCGCUAGAUUCAGAGACCUUCUGAAAAGUAAGCAACGUGCGACGUUAGGAUACCGGCUUCAGGCCAAUGGACAACAGGAACGCUCAGUCCAAACUGUAAUGCGAAGCGUCAGAGCGAAUGUCGCUGAAGUUGACCAGAGUGACUGGGACGAGCAUGCCGAAUGUCUCAUGUUCGCCCUGAACACCUCGUUCGACGCUGCAAGGCUGAAUACCCCGUUUUACCUGGUCCAUGGUUGGGACGCCCAGGGAACCAUAUCCGCAAUGCUGGGCCCGAAGCCAUCCACAGUCCAAGAACGAACGGCUUUGGAGUGGCGUCGGAAGAUGCAACGGGAUUAUAGCUAUGCCCUUGCGUGCGCUGAACGCUUACAAAAGGAGGCGAAACGUGCGAGGUCUGCCGCACAGACUCUCCGCACAGGAUUGAGUCGCAAGCUAGCUCACCUGUGGCAUGGACCUUUCCGAAUCGGCGAAAUUCAUGACGACUUCAGAGUCAAGCUCAAGAUCCCGGGCACGGGCUACCACGUGAACCCGUGGGUCCACAUUAGUCGCCUCAAACCGAGAGCUAUGUUCCCUCAGCGACCGAUCUCAGAGAUACAAGUCUCAGAGGACGACGAUUUUGACGCAGCCUUGCUACCCGAGGAUAACACUGCCCAGGAUGAGUACGAAGUCGAAGAGAUCCUAGAUCUCAGGUGA